AUGAACGAGCGCGAGCGCCAGCUCCACGUGGGGCCUGGCCCGUGCGGGCAAUCGCCCCCGCCGCCAGCCAAUGGGAGCGCGCCGAGGGCGGCCGCCCCCACCUCCAUCCUCGUGGUCCUGUCGCCUUCCAAAGGCAGCGAUGGCUCGGCUCACGGGACAGACCGUGGCUGGCCGCUGACGCCGGUUGUCAGCAGGGCUGGCAGGCAUUACCGCAUCGGGCUGAGGGGGCCAAGAUGUGUGAGGGCCUGGCUGAGUGGAGAGAACAAGAGAGAAGAAGAGAACAGGGAGCCCAGCAGGGGCCCUGUGAGAUCAAAGAAAUCCGUGGAACCGGGCACAUUUCAGCGGAAACGUCGAUUAAAGGGAGUGGGGGAGGCAGCGCUGGUGGGAUCAGAGGAGGAGGAGCAGGAGAAGGAGGAGAAGAGAGGCUGGAGGGAGCAUCUGGUCCCGGCAGGACGGGCCGGGCCGGGCAGCGCGGGCCACACCGGAGCUUGGGCGGCGGCGCUGCCGGGACCGGGGACUCCUCCGGCCGGGGCACCGGGGCUCCGCUCGGAGGCUCCGCCGGGCUCCUGCUGCCCCCUGCCGCCCCGGCGGGACGGGACAGUGCCCGCUCCCGCCCGGUGCCCCCGGGGUCGCUCGGAGACCCGAACCGGGACCCUGUCCCUGCGGUCCCCACCGGGCCGGGCCCCCCCAGCUCCCCCGGGCCAGCCCCUCCCUGGGAGGACACCCCCGCCCGGGGUGUCCCGGCUCGGCACCCACCGCCUCCCUGACCACGCCACACCGAGGGAGAAAGGCCCACACGGCGUGGGCUGCUCUCGGGUAGGGGCUGCCCUCAUCCCACCCGAGGGUGCGAUGGCAUCGGUGUCCCCAGCACAUCCCCGAGCCGGGGCCACCUCAGGCCCCUGA